CGGCAGUUUGCAUCCUUCGCGGUGCAGUGCUGCCUCCUUCUGGUUUUAUCCGACCACUGCUGCUCCUGUGAUCUGCUCCAGGCCUCAGGUUUAUGGCUGGAGCUUUAUGUAUAUCUGUGUGUUUCCACCUGAGAGUCCCGUGGCGCCGAGGGGAGAAACACGACUGUUAAGGAAACACAUUUCACAGUAUGUGGUUGUGUCCUGACCCUCAGGUUCUAUCACUGAGGGAUAAUCAAUCCUUUCAGGACGUCUCAGUCUUAAAACUCUUCAAAUUUAAUUUAACUGAACGUUCAGUCUCAACUUUGAGGCCGUUGGGACGAGACGUCGUUGAAGUGAACGUCGUGCUGAAACAAAGCUGCAGAGGAGCUGUCCUCCUGAUCUGAGGUCACCUGCUGACCAGUUGUACAGCAGUUCCUGAUUGGAGCGUGCAGCGCGAGCUGUCGACCUGCUGCAACUCUGAAAUGUUCCUCUUCUCUGAAACCUGUCGUGACUGUGAAAACCCUGUUUUCAUGUUCAGCACUGACUCAUGUAGAAAAGCAAAUACCUGAGGAAAACACGCCUGAGGAGAAGGACGGGCAGCUCAGAGUCAUUUCCCAGCAUGUGAAGGAAAAGGACAAAGUUACGCAACAUGACUGCACCUGAUGCUUGCUCAUGUAACUGCCUGCAGAGGAAAGCCCAUAUAUGGUCAGACAGGUGUGCCGGCAGAUUAACAGCUGUGCAGAGCAGAGACACAGACACACAGUCUGUUAGAGACAGACAUAACGGACACAUACGGACACUCUGACAGACUUUAUCGUCCACGCUGCAGACGGCUCACGCCAGAGGAAGAAGAAGAAGACAGAGGAGGAGGAUGCUGCAGAGGAGAGGACUGAUGGAUCACAGGGGGGACAGGAACAGGGCAGUGCUGGUGUCGGUGGCACAGUUUGACCACGGGGUGCAGCUGGGGAGGAGACCAGGAGCCCAGAGGGACACCAAGAGACUCCACCGCACCCUCAGCAAGCUGGGCUUCAAGGUGGACAUCCACAGCGACCUCAGCGGGGACGAGAUCUACGAGCUGUUCCUCAAAGAGAGCAGGCGGCCUGUGAAGGACUGUUUCCUGGCUGUCUUGUCGUCUCACGGGGACGAGGGCUGCGUGUUCGGAGCUGAUGGAAAACCCGUCCAACUGUCGCGUGUCUUCACAUAUUUUGACAAUGAAUACAUGGACAAGAAGACCAAAGUCUUCCUCAUACAGGCGUGUCGGGGGUCUGGUCUGGAUGAUGGCGUGGAGGUGGACUCAGCUGAUGACAUCACGGCGUGCAGUGUCUCCCAGCACCUCUCUGUUCCUAUAGACACAGCUGUGAUGUACGCCACGCCACCAGGUUAUGGAGCGUUCAUGCACCCGCUGGGAUCCGUCUUCCUGAAGACGUUCUGCUCGUUACUAAAGGACGAAGACAAUCGUAACCUGGAGCUGACGCGCCUGAUGACCCGCCUCUCCCACAGCGUGGCCUACAACUUCCAGGCCACAGGUGGCGCUCUGGCCGGGAAGAAAGAGAUGCCGUGUCUCCUGACGCGACUGACCAGAGAAGUGUUCCCGUUCGCUGAGGCGGGAAAAGGCAGCGGGGCGGCGGCGGCAGCAGGUCUCUCGGCCACCUCGCUGGUGGCCACUGAGAAGGUGUGGACACGGACUCCGUCCAUCAGUUAGACUGCAGCAGCAGAUUGAAGGGGACUGCAUUUGGACAUAUGGAGACAAUCAGCUGAUGGACAUUUCUGUCCUCAGAAGAGACAAACCUGUUGGUCAUUUCCUCACGCUCUCUGACUUCCUGUAGGAAAGACGCCAUGGAGGAAAUGUCUGCUGAAGUCUUGUGGACAUAUUGUCCACUCCCUGGACUCUGUCAUAUAUUUCUAUGUAAAACUUUAUUUAACAAACUGACAUAAACAAAUCUUUUCAGACCAACGUUAAAUGUGACGACACGUUUCUGUCUGCGAGGCCGCACGAAGAAACUCAGUGAAAACACAACGUAUGAAUCUGUGACUCUGCUCCGAGUGUCUCUAGUGUCGAGUUCUGUUAGAGACAAAUUAAUGUCCUCACAACACCGGACACAUGAUGGGACCAGUUGUCUUCACGCUGUCACUACACUUUGUCUUCUACAAAGAUUUACAGAGUGGACGCUAAUGUUUAGCCUGGAACCUGCUAGCUUUAGCCUCAGUCUGUUAGCACUAUAGUCUGUUAGCAUGACAUUACAAGUUGCAACCUGUUAGCUUUAGCCUCAGUCCAAGUAGUCAAAACAUAUUUAAGACCUAAAUUAAACAGUUCAUUAGCUUAUAAUUACUCAGUGAUCUGUAACAUUAGAAAUUAUGGAAGGAUUAUUCAACUCAGGACAGGAAGUCAGAGACUGACAGACUCAAGUGAAACAUGGUAGUCUGUCAGGUAAAAUAAAUAAAGGACUGGAACAUGUAUU